CAGGGGCUGGGGGGCAGGUGGCCGUCGGGUGCAGGUGGGGGUCACGGCAGGGCUCACUCAGGCAUGAGUCGGGAGAAGGGAGGCCAGCUGGAAGGGGGCAGGGGUCCUGCGGGCUGGGCAGGAGGAGGCAGAGGCUGCAGGCAGGAGGGGCUGCCUGGGAGGGACCUGUGGCCUUGGGCCCCAGCGCCGUGGGCGCUUCCAGGCCGCACUCACGGUCCUUGCCUGCCCCCUGGCGUCCGUGUGGAGGAAGGCAGUGCCCGUUUCUUCAACCGCGGGUGCCCCUGGCUCUGCCUCCCCGGGGAUCCCCCAAAACCCUCGGGCCCUCCUCUUCCAGGAAGUCCUCCGGGCUGACCCACACAGCUGUCGCUGCCCUGAUUCCACUCCCUCUUCCCUGCUUGGCCCUUACCCGAGGGCGGGCCUGCCCAUGAGGCCGCUCUCAGGACGCCUGCCCACAGCAGCUCCUGACAUUGGGCCCUGCGCUCAGGGGUGGAGUCUGGGGCUGGGUGAGGGCACCGACGGGUGGAGGGGAAGCUUCCGGAAGCGGGGAGAGAGGCGGCCCCCACCUGUGCCCCCGCAGCUCUGACGGUUGGGAAGGCAGCGCCUGCAGCCCUCACCUUCCUGCCCUCAGGCUGCGAGGCUUGUUCCCAGGGGGCCGUUGGCUUCCCUGAGUGCCUGAGUGUCCAUAAGUUGGACCCCCGAGAAGCCCCAACCGGGGGUCCUCCUCCCCCUCUCCUGCGCUCAGGCCGGCCCUGGCGGUGCUUCCCCAGUGGGUUCCCAUAGUUCGGGCGCUAAGUGCUCGGAUGGGCCCCAGUGGGCCUGAGAACUUGUGGGGCCGGCUGGGCCCUCAGGAGGAGCCGGGGUGCUCUCGAGCGCCUGUGGGUGCUGGGUGUGGCUGCUUCCCGGCCUGUCAUGAGGAAGUGGGACGGCCCGCCUGCCACGCCCAGCUCUGGGUGCUCCAGCUGGGCUAUAGCCUGGUCCUGCCGCUGCGCCCGCCUGCCAUGGUGUCCCGGGACCAGGCUCACCUGGGCCCCAAGUAUGUGGGCCUCUGGGACUUCAAGUCCCGGACGGACGAGGAGCUGAGCUUCCGCGCUGGGGACGUCUUCCAUGUGGCCAGGAAGGAGGAGCAGUGGUGGUGGGCCACGCUGCUGGACGAGGCGGGUAGGGCCGUGGCCCAGGGCUAUGUGCCCCACAACUACCUGGCCGAGAGGGAGACGGUGGAGUCGGAACCGUGGUUCUUUGGCUGCAUCUCCCGCUCGGAAGCUGUGCGUCGGCUGCAGGCCGAGGGCAACGCCGCGGGCGCCUUCCUGAUCAGGGUCAGCGAGAAGCCGAGUGCCGACUACGUCCUGUCGGUGCGGGACACGCAGGCUGUGCGGCACUACAAGAUCUGGCGGCGUGCCGGGGGCCGGCUGCACCUGAACGAGGCGGUGUCCUUCCUCAGCCUGCCCGAGCUUGUGAACUACCACAGGGCCCAGAGCCUGUCCCACGGCCUGCGGCUGGCCGCGCCCUGCCAGAAGCACGAGCCUGAGCCCCUGCCCCAUUGGGAUGACUGGGAGAGGCCGAGGGAGGAGUUCACGCUCUGCAGGAAGCUGGGGUCCGGCUACUUUGGGGAGGUCUUCGAGGGGCUCUGGAAAGACCGGGUCCAGGUGGCCAUUAAGGUGAUUUCUCGAGACAACCUCCUGCACCAGCAGAUGCUGCAGUCGGAGAUCCAGGCCAUGAAGAAGCUGCGGCACAAACACAUCCUGGCGCUGUACGCCGUGGUGUCCGUGGGGGACCCCGUGUACAUCAUCACAGAGCUCAUGGCCAAGGGCAGCCUGCUGGAGCUGCUCCGCGACUCUGAUGAGAAAGUCCUGCCUGUUUCGGAGCUGCUGGACAUCGCCUGGCAGGUGGCUGAGGGCAUGUGUUACCUGGAGUUGCAGAAUUACAUCCACCGGGACCUGGCCGCCAGGAACAUCCUCGUCGGGGAAAACACCCUCUGCAAAGUUGGGGACUUCGGGUUAGCCAGGCUUAUCAAGGAGGAUGUCUACCUCUCCCAUGACCACAAUAUCCCCUACAAGUGGACGGCCCCUGAAGCGCUCUCCCGAGGCCAUUACUCCACCAAAUCCGACGUCUGGUCUUUUGGGAUUCUCCUGCAUGAGAUGUUCAGCAGGGGUCAGGUGCCCUACCCAGGCAUGUCCAACCAUGAGGCCUUCCUGAGGGUGGACGCCGGCUACCGCAUGCCCUGCCCUCUGGAGUGCCCGCCCAGCGUGCACAAGCUGAUGCUGACAUGCUGGUGCAGGGACCCCGAGCAGAGACCCUGCUUCAAGGCCCUGCGGGAGAGGCUCUCCAGCUUCACCAGCUACGAGAACCCAACCUGAGCUGCUGUGGAGCGGGCACGGCCGGGCCCUGCUGACGAGGGGCCUGGGCAGAGGGCCUGGACCUGGGAUCAAGGCCCACGCGCUUCCCUGGGGUUUACUGAGGUGAUGGGUGCAGGAAAGGUUCACAAAUGUGGAGUGUCUGCGUCCAAUACACGCGUGUGCUCCUCUCCUUACUCCAUCGUGUGUGCCUUGGGUCUCAGCUGCUGACACGCAGCCUGCUCUGGAGCCUGCAGAUGAGAUCCGGGAGACUGACACGAAGCCAGCAGAGAUCAGAGGGGACUCUGACCACAGCCCGCUCUCUGGCUGGCUGUCUGCAGUGCCCGGCUGAGGGUGGGAGGCAAACACGCCUUGUUCCUGCUCUUCCCAGUUCGGCUUGGCGGGAGAAAGUCAUUCGUGUGGCUCGGGACUCUCGUGUAAAUUUGGUUUUGGUGCUCAAGGGUUCUUUCCUCCCAGGGGCAGGUGUUUCUUUCCUGUUUGUCUUGUGUCUUGAGAGCUUGGCCUUAUGACCGGUGAGAACUCUCUCCCUGGUCUCUGCCAGCCCGAGCAUCACUGCCCGAGGCGCCAACUCAGUUUCACCGUCCACGUCCACGAGGGGCUUUUCCCGCCUUCACCUUUGUCGCUGGGUCAGUGCUGGAAAGCGCCCCUCACUCCUGCGCUGACAAGGGCCCUUCUCUACUGUCUGUAGGGUGGUUCCGGGCUGGGGGGGCUGCCUCCUUUGCACCUGAUUUUGAAGGUGUCUCUUUCAUCCAUGGUUAAGUCAUAAAAAGCUUAUUGGUUUUGGUUUUGAUUCACCUGAAAGUUUUUUUGGUUUAAAAGAAGAACAGGCGGGGCACAGUGGCUCAUGCCUGUAAUCCCAGCACUUUGGGAGGCUGAGGCAGGUGGAUCACGAGGUCAGGAGAUCGACACCAUCCUGGCUAACACGGUGAAACCCCGUCUCUACUAAAAAAUACAAAAAAUUAGCUGGGUGUGGUGGUGGGGGUGGGCGCCUGUAGUCCCAGCUACGUGGGAGGCUGAGGCAGGAGAUUGGUGUGAACCCAGGAGGUGGAGCUUGCAGUGAGCCGAGAUGGCGCCACUGCACUCCAGCCUGGGCGACAGAGCGAGACUCCAUCUCAAAAAAAGAAAGAAAGAAAGAAAGAAAGAAAAAUAAUUUUGGGAGUUUCUGGAAAGGUACUAGGAUUUCUCAAAAGGAUUUGUCUUCUGCCUUGUGAAAGACAGAUGUCAAACUAAUCAGGCUUAUUCCAUGCACUACAUUAGAUGGAAAGUGUGUGAAAUAGUAAGUCACACUAAGUCUUCUGGAGGUUCUAUUUACAGGUUUGGUUUUGAUAUGAAUGUUGCAGAAACUCUAUAAAAUUCCUAGAAAUCUGAUACGUUAUCCUAUGAUAUAUAUCCUAUCUCACAUGCUAUUCCUAGAAAUCUGGUACAACGUUAUCAGUCAUAAUUUUGGUUAUUACAUUAAAAUGCUGUAUGCCACAGAAAUAACCAAAUUUCCUUGCCAACCGUGUCACGAAUAUAAUAAACUCUCAUCAGAUCCUGAGCCGUGGCUAUCUUAAGUCUUCGGUCAUUCACAGUUAUUAUCUUACUUUGAUUUUUUCUGAAAGCUUUGCAAUCAGCUAGUCCCAAAUUGUUUAUUCUUCAAAGAGAUUCCUGGGAAGGAUUCUGACAGGUGCUCUGGAGCACAGGUUUCUGGUUCAGAUCAUAGCCUUGGAUUGGGUGCGAAUUUCCAGAACUCGAAGGAGGGACCUGGCAGGUCCAUGAAAGUUCUGUCCCAGGAUCAGCCAGAACAAGAAUGAAUGACAUGGGAAUGAAUGAACUGACGAGGAUGUUUACCGUUUAAUAACUUUUGUCUGAAGCAUUACGGUUCUUUAAUAUUUUGUUUUCCAGAUGUAAGAAAACGUUUUUUGUUUCUGUUUUUGUGUUUGAAGACAGGGUCUUGCUCUGUCACCCAGGCUGGAGUGCAGUGGCGUGACCACAGCUCAUUGCAGCCUUGAAUUCCCAGGCUCAAGUGAUCCUCCCGCCUCAGCCUCCUAAAUAGUUGGGACUACAGGAAUGCACCACCACACCUGGCUAAUUUUAAUUUUUUUUUUUUUAGGAGAUUCAGGGUCUUGCUAUGUUGCCCAGGCUGGUCUCGAACUCCUGGGCUCUAGCCAUCCUCCCGCCUCGGGACUACAGGCCUGAGCUGCUGCGCCCAGCCUGGGCACGAAAGCCGUCUGUACGAGAGUUGCUGGGGAAAUUUCUCUGAAGUCUGUAUCAAGUGGGGCAGCUUCAGCUUACAGGGCUUCGGGAAAAGAGCAGUUUUAAUUUUCAGUGACUCCAUGAGGAAUGGUGCAAGAAAACAUUGGAAAGAGUGGUUUGGUGAGCUGCAGGCAAAUAUCGGAGGAAACUGACGUUCAGGACCCGGUCCGGACCACAGGGGGGCGACAAAACCUCCAGACAGCAAACCGGGCUAGAGUCUAAUAGUGGGGGCACGAGUUUUAUUUUGAAACAUAAUUUUUCUCUCUACAGUCAACAAAUUUCUUUUUCUUUUUCUUUUUUUUUGAGAUAGAGUUUCACUCUUAUUGCCCAGGCUGGAGUGCAAUGGCUUGAUCUUGGCUCACGGCAACCUCUGCCUCCCGGGUUCAAGUGAUUCUCCUGCCUCAGCCUCCCGAGUAGCUGGGAUUACAGGCAUGCGCCACCACGCCCAGCUAAUUUUUGUACUUUCAGUAGAGAUGGGGUUUCUUCAUGUUGGUCAGGUUGGUCUCGAACUCCCGACCUCAGGUGAUCCACCCACCUCGGCCUCCCAAAGUGCUGGGAUGACAGGUGUGAGCCACUGUGCCUGGCCUACUGGAACUUUUUAUAAGGAAUCUGAGAUUGGGCUUUUAAAAGCCUCUUGAGGCUAGGAAGCCAUCACAAAGACUUGCCAUCAGACUUUGCCUGCAGUAAGUACAGAUUUAGGGGAAUUCCUCUCUUCUUGAGGUCCCUAAGGUAUCUUAAGAUUCUGGGACCUGCCAGGAAUUGACGUUCCUUACUCAUCUGUAAGGGAACCACGUGUGUGAGGUACCAGGCCAGCUUUUUUCCAAGGGGCUUUAUUGGAUCAUGCAGUUAACCCCAGCUUCUUUAGUCAUAUCUGAAAAUAGGACAUUCCAGUCAAAGCCUUGGUAAUAUAACCAAUGUUUUCAAUUGUGCCCUAUUACAAGAACAGAUUCUUAUUGAACUUAUGCAAACCCACUAACAGUUUCUGAAUUCUGGGAUUAGGGAGGAAGAAAAAGAUAAAUAUUUCACCGUUGAGGCCAUUCUAACCUCCCUGCCCUUCUUCCCUGAAGCAGGCCAUAAAACCCAGGAAGGCCACUCCCAGACCCUCUCCCUGCAGACCCUCACAUGGUGUCCUGCCCCCUAACCAGAGGAAAGGGAUGUCAGAGUCAAGUCGGCCUUGACCACACCCUUCCGUCCUCCACUCACUCCUGCUCCGCUGUGGAAUAGACCAUUUCUUUGGUCUUUGUUUUGAAGGGGCCCACAUCACAUGGAACUCGCAUUAAAUGUUUGUAUGCUUUUUUUUCUUUUUUUUUUUAAGACAGAGUCUUGCUCUCUGACGCCCAGGCUGGAGUGCAGUAGCGCAAUCUUGGCUCACUGCAGCCUCCGCCUCCCGGGCUCGGGAUCCUCCCAUCUCAGCCUCCCCAGUAGCUGGGACUACAGGCAUGCACCACCACGUCUGGCUAAUUUUUUUGUUUUUGAUAGAAACAGGGUUUUGCCGUGUUGGUUGCCAUGUUGACCAAGCUGGUCUUGAAGUUCCGGCUUCUAGUGAUCCACCCGCCUCAGCCUCCCAAAGUGUUGGGAAUAUAGGCGUGAGCCACUGCGCCCAGUUUAAUCUUUUGUUCAAGGGUCUGUUGGCUACAGUGAGUUCUAGAUUUCUCUUAGAGGACUCAGCAUGUAUGUUGAGUUCUUUGUUCUCCGUUUAACUUGUGCAUAGUUUCAGUAAACAACCUUUUCCACCAGUUUUAAUCAAUAGUUCACAUCUGUUCCCCUGGUCACCUGCUCCGUCCUGACUCAUCCUGGUCACCCGUUUUUUUUUGAGAUGGAGUCUCGCUCUGUUGCCCAGGCUGGAGUGCAGUGGUGCGAUGUCCGCUCACUGCAAGCUCCGCCCCCCGGGUUCCCGCCAUUCUCCUGCCUCAGCCUCCCAAGUAGCUGGGACUACAGGUGCCCGCCACCACGCCUGGCUAAUUUUUUUUGUAUUUUUAGUAGAGACGGGGUUUCACCACGUUUGCCAAGAUGGUCUUGAUCUCCUGACCUCAUGAUCCACCCGCCUCGGCCUCCCAAAGAGCUGGGACUACAGGUGCCCGCCACCACGCCUGGCUAAUUUUUUUUUGUAUUUUUAGUAGAGACGGGGUUUCACCACGUUUGCCAAGAUGGUCUUGAUCUCCUGACCUCAUGAUCCACCCGCCUCGGCCUCCCAAAGAGCUGGGACUACAGUUGCCCGCCACCACGCCUGGCUAAUUUUUUUUGUAUUUUUAGUAGAGAUGGGGUUUCACCACGUUUGCCAAGAUGGUCUUGAUCUCCUGACCUCAUGAUCCACCCGCCUCGGCCUCCCAAAGUGCUGGGAUUACAGACGUGAGCCAUCACACCCGGCCCCUGGUCACCUGCUCUGACCUAAGUCAUCUUUAGCUACCUGUUCCUAACUGUCCUUCCUGCCAAACUACUCACCCCACCACUCUGGGUCACACCCCUGCUCUCUUUAAAAUAGUCAAUCAGAAUUACCUUAGAGUGUGCAGUCCAACCCCACCCCACAGGGGAAUGACACAGCAGUAGAGGCUACCUGCGUCAGGAAUAAGAACCCCUUCCCCUCCCUUGUCCAGGUGUGCUCUCACCAUUGCUCCAUCCGCGAGUCGCACCCUUCUAUAGAAGUAAAAAUUGCCUUGCUGAGAAAAUUAAUGUUUGAGUGCUAUUUCUUUGUGGCACCGAGGAAGCAUUUUGUUUCUAACAGGUCUCAGCCAUGAAGCUUGUGAUGGGUGAGGAAAAGAUAUGACUUCUCCCCCUACAGAGAAUCUGAUGAGGGUGCAGCUCCCAGGAACAGGCCAUGGACACCCCCAGGGUUGUGAGGUCCUCCAGUCAAGGGGCCCCCUGACCUGAGGCAGGGGACGAUGCCAUGGGCAGCCUGUGGCUCGGCUGCUCCCUACUCCCAGCUGCCCCUUCCAACAAGACACCAGCUCCUGGGCAGUGCCCCUCCCCCGCUGACUCCAAAAGCCAGGACAGCUUCUUUCCAAGCAGGGUGGACCCACCCUUGGUCCUGACCCCAAGCCCUCCAGCUCAGCCAAGGGCGGAGCCCCCCCCAGGCCAUGUGUGGUGGGGACCUGAGCGUGGCUGGGCUCUCCCUUCAACACCAACUCCUGCUACCCUCACAGCUGUGUGUGCAUGGAGGAGGGUCUCUGUGGGCUUCAUCUGGACACUGCAAAAGGCUGCAGGGGGCUCAACUGCCAUCAGGAGCAGCCUCCCACUCCUCGGUCCAUUGGAGGCUCCCCCACCCAGCCUCAGCACUGACCACCGGCUUGGAUGGCUGGGUGAGGCUGCCUCCACCCUGUGGACAGGACAAAGGCUCAGCCAUCAGAGACCACAAGCCAGAUGCCUUCCCACCAGCUUCCCACCAACUAGUACAGCUAUUUAUAGUGCAGUGGAACAGGGUACCAGGCAGGGAGCACCCACUGAUCCCCACCCCUCCCCAGAGUCCCUCCCCCACCACUGAACCCCACCCUUUCCCACCCCACGGAGGCCCCUCUCACCAUGUCCCUGGCCACACAUCAAGUCUCCAGCUAUCUCACUGACUCCCACCUGCUCACUAAGCUGCCUCUCAACAGAACUGAGUCAAUCCCUGUAGGCUCCUGGCAGAGGUGUGGGGACACCACCCACCUUGGUUAUGAAGCAGUCUACUGAGCUCACAGCCCAUGCACUCCUGUGUGUGGACCCCCACCCCUGCCGGCCUGCAGCACUCCCAGACUCCAACACUCCAUGCCUAUACCAGGCCAGAAUGAUGCAGCCACCCUCACUUUAAGCUGGGCUGCCUGUGGCAGGAAGACCCCUCCACGGUGCCUGCAGCCCCUACCCCUCAGCCUGUCUUGGGGCACCACCCCUAUGGGAGGCCCUUGGGAGACACCUACCAGCAGGAACCAGGUCCCUCCAGAGUGAGGGCUUCCCAGCUCACAGCCAGAGGCUACUCCCCCCGCAGGCCCUCGGGUAAGGGGCCCGAAUCCCUCAGAGGACCAGCCCUCCCUGCUCCCUUUCCCCCUGCUGAAGGUGGCACGGGGGCCCACCUCAGUGGCUGCCCUGGGUCCUGCUUGUCCAGCUCCAGGACUGCCUGCUGUCCAAGGCUCUCCAGAAGCAGCAGUGAACCCCACCCUUCUCAGCCCCAGCAACAGCCUCACAGCCUGAGGAGGCCCAGAAAGGCCUGGGAGCAGGGCCAGUCCCCAUAAGACAGUUAGGUCGGGAGGGAUUCAGCCGUUUC